CCAUAGCAGAGAAAAUGUUUACACGGCAACAACCACACAUAAUCCUCCACUUCUCACUUCAACCUACCUUCCCCUUCGCUCCCCACCGGGCCGGGAGAGUGACCUGAUCAGGGGGUUUUGGCGAAAUCCGGCUGCUGCAGAGGACAAGGUCGCCAAGGAGCUAAUCGCACAUUAUUUUUCUUGGAACUGUGCAGGUCGGGUUGUGGUUGUCGUGUUGAUGUCAUGGAGUGUGUAUCAAUGACAGUUCGAUGUUCAAAAGUAUUCCAAGACAAUGUGCCCCUAGACCAUCAUUUAUGUACUGAGAAUCACAGAGUGCACAAGUUCACGGGUCAGAAAAGAGAAUUUUGGCGGGAUUUGCAGUCGCGGUGGAUCAAUGUUCUCCCUCUCUUUUCUGUUUAGUUGUUUAUGGGGUUUCUCACACGCUGCGGGACAUGGCUGGUGAGAGAGGUCAUGUGAAGUGAGCGGGGGCGGGAGGGAAGGAGGGAGAGGGUGGUGGUGUUUUUAUUUUUUAUUUUUUAUUUUUCGUGUUGUGUGUGUGGGAGAGAGUUUUAGAGGAAUUCAAGAUGCCGGAGCUUCCAGAGGUUCAAGCAGCCAAAGUGCUGGUGGGUAGCCGUUGCUUGGGUGGAGUGAUAGUGAAGGCCCUCGUGGCUAACGACUCGAAGGUCAUCGAUGGGGUGACGCCGGCUGCUCUCCAGAAAGCUCUCUUGGGGAAAAAAAUUCUAGAGACCCAUCGGAAGGGCAAGCACUUGUGGCUCCAGCUUGAUUCUCCUCCGUAUCCCUCCUUUCAGUUCGGCAUGAGCGGUGCUGUCGUCGUCAAGGGCGUCAAGGGCCUGCAAUAUAAAAGCUCCAAAGUCGAUGACACAGAAGAGUUUCCAUCGAAAUACUGGAAAGUCCACUUGAAGCUGGACACUGGAGUGGAGGUGGCAUUUACUGACAAACGUCGCUUUGCUCGUGUUCGCCUACUCGACGAUCCUGCAAAAGAGCCGCCAAUUUCUGAGUUGGGGUUGGAUGCAUAUCUUGAGCUUCCAAGUGCGAAGGACUUCACUGAAGCUCUCAAAACCAAAAAAGGAGCCAUUAAAGCCCUUCUUCUCGAUCAGAGCUUUCUUGCAGGCAUUGGAAAUUGGGUGGGAGAUGAAGUGCUUUAUCAGUCAAAAAUUCAUCCAGAGCAGUCGGCCAAUUCAUUGAAGGACGAGGAGUGCACCAGGUUACACACCGCCAUCAGAGUGGUUUUGGAUAAGGCAGUUUCUGUUCAUGCAGACAGUGAGAAAUUUCCUCGGAGUUGGAUAUUUCAUCAUCGUUGGGACAGGAAGCCAGGGAAGAUUAGAGGAAACCAGAUUGAGACAGUAACCGUCGGCGGGAGGACGUCUGCUUAUGUCCCCAAUAUACAGAAGUAUAGUGGACGUGAAUUGAAAGGAGCCAGGAGGAAGGCAGCUAUUGCACAUGAUAUCCCUCACGACGAAACCGAUACGGAUGAGAAUGUAGACCCUGCAGUUGGUGAGGUAGCGGCCGACAAGGAAAUGAAAACACAGCCUAAGCACAGUAGGGGACGACCUCCAAAACACAAAGUGGACAAUGUAGUGAACUCUACGCCAUCCGCUGUGAGCUCCGCUGGAGCGAAGAAGCGCGGUAGACCUUCAAAGCAAAAACCUACCUCGAGCGAAGGAAAAGUAGACACUGAGGAAAUUGGCACGGAAAGUCUUUCUGAACCCAAACGAAGAGGUCGACCUCCCAAGGUAAAAACUGAUACUCAAACUAAGGUCCUAACUAAGGAAGGAGAAAAAACUUCAGAAGACGACGAUAGUGGAGUGGAGGACGCAGGUGAGGCACCUAAUAAACUGGCCGGAGCGGGAACGCCCAAGCGUAGGGAUAGGCCUCCAAAAUCAAAACCCGAAGCAGCUGAAGAGGUGGAGAUUAUCAAGAAGAUCAAGUUGGGGUUAAGUGACGAGGGGUCUGCUAGUCCAAAACGAGGCAGAGGUCGACCUCCGAAGACAAAAUCCGAUCCCGAAGCCAAACUCGCGGACACUAAGAAUGGUCACGUUGAAGUUUUAACUCAGGUUGCAGAAAAUGCUGUACCCACUCUAACCCCCAAGAAAAGAGGCCGCCCGUCAAAGACCAAAGCUCCCAGCUGACUUCUUGUGAUCCAUUUUUAACAUUGACAACAUUGGCAACAUACGGACAGCUAGAUGGUUGUUUAAGCGUACGUCCUUGCUGGUGAAGUGCACAUGUUUAUAUACCGGUGCAUUAACUAUCCCAGCGUAAUUUUUCUGUAUUUUGUGUUGCUUACCAGACGUCUUAUCUGUAACUCGAGACUGCUAAUUUUUAAUUUUUUUUUUUAGUUCGUCUUCGUUUAUGAUCUGUCUCUAUGUGCCGUGGAAUCAAGUACAAAUAAUUGAUGUACGAAGCGUCUAUAAUCUU